AUGGAUCGGCCAAAGAAACGGGACACACUACGAGCGGUGAGUUCGAUGAGCUCGCUAACCGCGAACGUCGAAGAAAACGGAUCAAAAGGAAUCAGAGCAGUGAACUCGCUGUGCUCUAUAGCCGAACUAAACGACAAAGACCUACUGGCUCUGCUCCUUGACCGGCCAAGGCUGAAAUUGGAACGGAACAAAUCAUACGACGAAAAGUCUUUCGGCGACUUAAGCCUCUACGACGGUAGGUCUGGUCGGAACACUCCAAUUUUCUCCAUCAGAGACUCGUUUGACAUCCACCCAUUGGUCACCGAAGCUUGGGAGGCUCUUCGCCGGUCUCAGGUCUACUUCCGUGGACAACCCGUAGGAACCAUCGCCGCCUACGACCAUGCUUCUGAAGAGGUCUUAAACUAUGACCAGGUUUUUGUAAGGGAUUUUGUACCGAGCGCUCUUGCAUUUCUAAUGAAUGGAGAGCCAGACAUUGUGAAGAACUUCCUCUUGAAGACGAUUCAAAUCCAGGGACAAGACAAAAAGAUCGACAAGUUCAAGCUUGGUGAUGGUGCAAUGCCAGCGAGCUUUAAAGUUCUCCAUAACCCUAUCAAGAAAACGGAUACGAUCGUAGCUGACUUUGGAGAGAGUGCUAUCGGGAGGGUGGCUCCAGUUGAUUCAGGCUUCUGGUGGAUCAUUCUCCUUAGAGCUUACACCAAGUCUACAGGAGACCAUUCUCUAGCUGAGAGACCUGAGUGCCAAAAGGGAAUGAGGCUUAUACUCUCUUUGUGUCUCUCUGAGGGUUUUGAUACUUUUCCUACUUUGCUUUGCGCAGAUGGUUGCUCCAUGGUCGAUCGGAGAAUGGGUGUUUACGGAUAUCCGAUUGAGAUUCAAGCACUCUUCUUCAUGGCUCUAAGAUCAGCACUGUCGAUGCUAAAACACGACGCCGAGGGAAAAGAGUUCAUGGACAAGAUAGUGAAGCGUCUCCACGCGAUGAGCUUCCACAUGAGAAGCUACUUUUGGCUCGAUUUCCAGCAGCUCAAUGACAUUUACCGUUACAAGACGGAGGAGUACUCACACACAGCCGUUAACAAGUUCAACGUCAUCCCCGACUCUAUACCCGAUUGGCUCUUCGACUUCAUGCCUCUCCGAGGUGGCUACUUCGUUGGAAACGUUAGUCCUGCUCGCAUGGACUUCCGGUGGUUUGCGUUGGGCAAUUGUAUCGCAAUUCUUUCCUCCUUGGCUACGCCCGAGCAGUCUAUGGCCAUCAUGGACCUGAUUGAGGCUCGGUGGGAGGAGUUGGUCGGUGAGAUGCCGUUGAAGAUAUGUUAUCCGGCGAUGGAGAGUCAUGAGUGGCGGAUUGUCACUGGCUGCGAUCCUAAGAACACAAGGUGGAGCUACCACAACGGAGGCUCUUGGCCAGUGCUACUAUGGUUGCUAACGGCGGCCAGCAUAAAGACCGGACGGCCACAAAUAGCGAGACGUGCAAUAGACUUGGCGGAGGCACGGCUGUUGAAGGACGGAUGGCCGGAGUACUACGACGGAAAGUCAGGAAGGUUCAUCGGAAAACAAGCCAGGAAAUUUCAGACAUGGUCAAUCGCUGGAUAUUUGGUGGCUAAGAUGAUGAUGGACGAUCCAACGCAUGUGGGAAUGAUCUCAAUGGAAGAAGAGAAACCUAUGAAACCUGUUCUUAAUAGAUCUCAUUCUUGGACUUGA